UAAACAUUUCUUUUAAAUAUAUGAAUGGAAAUACCCUACGCUAUUUUUAUCUCGCGGGAAACUGAACUCGUCAUACUGAUUCUGGGAUGGGUUCCGUUUGGAAGUGUUGUGUGGUCGCGGUUGUCUUUUGUGGUAUUUCCUCGUUCGGGUUGGAUUAUCAAAGUCAGCCAGGUCCAGGAUUUCAAUUUAAUUGUGGACAGGAUUUGUGUACUUUUCCUCAUCAAUAUUGUGAUACUGACGACUAUAGGUGCUUGUAUUGUAGUGACGAUCUCUGCCUUUCCAAGGACUUGCCAGACCAGUGUACUUCUUAUUGUAAAGAUAUUAUUCAAGGACCUAGCACCCCUGCAACGACACAAGAAACACAUCGUAAUUUAACGAGGGCAAAUCUCAAGGAGGCCAUGCAAGAAAACUUGGCAAUUCCACUUUGGCUUAUUGUCGCUAUACUGUUGCUGAUCUUAGUUUUCUUGAUUGGACUUUUCUUUUACUUCUGUUGUUCCAAAUACAACCGUAGAAAAAAUACCUUUAUAACUAAUCCAUGCGAUGAUAAACACGAGGCUUACAACAUUACAAAUAUGUCUACGCCUGCAACUGCAUUGCAUUUUGAAUCUGAAAAAAGGGCGUUAUUAGAUAAAAAGGAGUCCUUCGAUUCGGGAAAUUCGAGUAUAGAAGAGACGAUGCCCUCGUCAAGUUCUACAGCGUCAUCGGUGACGCAACCGCAGGAAGUCGGCGAGUCUCGUCAUCAUGAGCGCCAUAUUGAACACGAACUUCUAAAAAACUCCCAUCCAGAAAGUUACACGGAAGACAGUGACACAGAGAAAACCAUACGCGCGUGUGCAAAGAAAGUGACUGCAUCCCUAAACCAUGUUUACCCGGAUCUAGAGGUCGCCGUUUUAAGUGAUAAAUGCGACUUGUAUAGUCAAGAUUUACCCAAAGUGUACGGUGCCAGAAUCAUGGGCAGUGGGGAUAUCAUCAAUGUGACCCUCACCGGCGGGGCUCCUUGGGGAUUUCGUCUGUUUGGAGGAGAAAGUUUCCCCAUUGAAGUUGCCAAGAUACGGAAAAAGAGUAAAGCACACGCGGGGGGCCUGCAGGAGGGAGAUGUCCUGCUUCGUCUGAAUGGUGUCCCCGUCAAGGGGAAGACCCACGAAGCGGUCAUGCACUUGGUGGACAACGCCGGGGACAAACUCUCCAUCGAUCUCCAAAGACCUUACGGUAAGAAAUCCGUGAAUGAACAACAGAUGCCUGCCCAUCUACAAGUUUCCCAAAAGACUGACAAAAACAUAGUGUCGUCUGCUUCCUCAAACUACGUUAUCCCAGAGGGUGACAAAACGCGGAAAAUCAUCACUCACCAAUAUCAGGAGAACGAACCAGGGGGCCUGAAGUCCAACACUUACAUUAAGCAGGAAUUGGUGAGUUCUCAGCCCUAUCAGCAAGUCACAAUGAAUCAAACCCAACAGAUGCCUAGGCAGGUUUACGUUGACAUACAAGACCAAAGCAAACCAAUGACCGAAAAUCUGUCGCCAUUACCGAACGAUUUUCAGCCAAAAUCCGCUUCGAGUCCGGUUCCUCAGUUUCGGGUUAGGAAUGUGAAGGACAGUCUAUACAAUUCUCCGGCUGGAAAAAUGUAUCCGAUUCAGCCACAACAACCGGUUCCAGAACCGCAACCAUUACAGGAGAGCAACACCAAUAUCCCCAUGUUCCGGGUUUCUAAAUUUCAACCUGGCGUUUUUAGUCAUGAACCUCAGGUGCGGUUUGAGCCUGAACCCGUUUCUCACUACGAGCCAGAACCAACUCCACAACCACAGGCAGGAAGUAUACCUCCAGCGCCACCACCGCCUGCUCCGCUCAUGAUCCGCAAUGUGGAAAACGAACCAAUGAUGUUUCCCGUACCAAGGCCGACAUUUAACGCUAUCAAGGAGUUGGUCAGCUAUAAAGCGAAAACUCAGAAUGACGAGGAUGAAGUCGACCACGAGUAUUACGAUAUUCAUGGUCACAAACAUCUUCCCAUCUUUGCCCCGCCUGUAGAGAUCGAACCGGAACCGGAAGAUGGCGAGCACGAGGAGAGGAACAUCAUGGACAGUGGAUAUGAUGAAUCCCUGAUGACCCCGGGGAGUGGUACCCGACCCAACCAUCUUCCUAACCUUGAUAUUUCCCGGACGUACAGUUUGGAGAGUGAUGGACCGGGAACUCCGGACACAGGAUCGACAGGCGCCCGGCGUAGGAAGAAACACUAUGCUGAUUCUGCUUUCUACGAUGAUCCGUCAACGAAUUAUCCGACAAUCGAGGAGCAAGUGGACCUCUGCAAGAAGAUAGCAAAGUCUCUCACUUCGGCGGCCAAUCGACGCGCUCGCGGUGCGAAGAUGUUUGCGAAGCGCAAACGCAAGUCAACCAAGUGGAUCCACGAUGGAGAGCGAUACCACGGGUCGUCAUCGGCGGGGGAUGUAGCUGAUUUGCGUGACCUUGAUAGCGAGCUUAUUGAGUCGGAAGGAGGAUUUAAGCCCCUUUUCCAGUUUCGUAUACCUAACCUUGCUAAUCGAGUCAAUUAUAACGAAGACCACAAAAUGAGUUUGUCAAAGGAUGAAUUCGAGAGGCUUCGACUGAGCGCGAACAAAGUGGACCACACUUCUGUGUCGCCAACACAGUGUCACAAUCUGGUGGCUGAUUUGCAGAGUAAGAGGAACAGGGGAGCUAAAUUGUUUCAAAAGAGGGCCGCCCGCUCCGAGAAAUGGGUGAUCGACGAAAACAAUGCACAGAAGCCUCCGCCGCAACCCCGCCUGAAUGAAAUUGUGAGCCACUCCCCUGUGAAGCCCGCUCUCUCUCCCUGGGAGGCCGCAAUGGAGAACCCGCUAGGGUAUGUGGACAAAGCCUUCGACCACUUGGACGGUCGGCCGAAACCUCGACCUAUGUCUGUGCCCCAGUAUCAGCCACCGCAGCAGCAGUACCGGCCCGUGGUCCAACCAGUUUCUGUCCCCUAUCAACAAACUCAAAGCUACUCUUAUCAGACGAACGUCUCUCUCAAAACAGACGAAAAACCGAAAGUCGUAACAGGCCCGAACUAUAACAGACUGGCCAAGGGAUGGAAUACCGGAAGAGACCAAAGAGAUGGGUCUACUAGAAAAAGUCAGCAGCAACAGUGGGUGCAGCAACAGCAACAAGACCAACAAUGGUCAUCACAGCAACCACAAAUGUAUAGGCAGGAACCACCCCCACCCCCACCCCCACAAAAACCAAUCAAACAGCAAGAUAACUAUAACCGAAAAAUCAAAGCUUGGUCGUCUGGACCAGGUAACAAUACAAGAACUGUUCAAGAGAGCUCGUCAAACACCACCCCCAUUUACGGGGCGCGGGGACAGCCCCAGGGCUUCAAAACGACGGAUUCCUAUAAUUAUGAAAUGACUGCCGUAACGGAAUUCUAGGACUUCGUCGUCGUUUUGCAAUAUUUAAAUUAUUUGAAAACCAAAAAGAAGAUAUUUUAUAAACGCGUGGGUUUAUUACUUAUCAAAAUAGAGAGCAAGUGGUUUUUUGUUAUUUAUAUAUUGAUUUUUUGCCAAAACGAAAAUGCUCAAUUUGAUGUUUUGGAGUGUGCCGUUUAGAUGUCGGUUUGCACUUAGAAUGAGCAAAAGUUAGUGCAUUUUCUUUCCGAGUUCAUCGCGUGAUAAUGUAGAUGCCUUUAUGUAUAUCAUAUAUUCUUCACUGUAUUACCAUAGUUACUGAAAAGCAUUCCCGAGAUUGUUUUUAUUUUUCGUGUGGCUAUGUAUUCCUUUGAGUUCCGAUCUGUGUACAUACAUCUUUUGUGCAGAACUCGUAUAACUUGCCAGAAAGAGCAAUGUAAGAAUGCGUUUGAUUGGAUGAUACGUUAAUGCAGCUGGAGGUUUUGAGAGCUCGGUACACCUAUAUAUAUAAUGUAGUAACCGUAUUAAUGUAGGUAGCUGUUUGGCUACAGUUACUUCUUCGUGAUACAAGAUUAACAACGACCCCAAGACCAGCGAAGAGGGAGCAGCCUCUAUAUAAGGACGCCCGUAUCGUAUUUCAUAAGAUAUAACUUGACAUGAAGUAGAGAUGUAUAUACUGCCUUGCAGACGAAAAUAUCAUCAUGUCAGAAUAGGUUAAACCCAUGAGUUAGGAAGACGUCUACAAAACCAAGAAAUCCCAAUACUGAAACUCAUAGUAGCAAUGUUUGCCCGUGUUUCCUAUUUGAACCUUAUCACAAUACCUGCACCAUCAUCAACUUUCGUUUAUUCAAAUGACCGAUGACCCCGGAAGAACGGGUGGAGCAUGCGCAGAAACUAAAGUUUCAAUUCAUAUUGAGAUUUUUUUAAUUUUCUUCAUUUAUGAAAUAAUGUGGAAUGUUUUGUAGCAAACUAGAAAAUUAAUUUAUAAUUAGUAUUGAUUUUUAAAAGUAGGAUUGUUAUUAUGCACAAACAUUUGAUUCUAUUGUCAUUUUUAUUCCAUUGCCAAAAUGUAAACCAAAAAAAUAUACAUUAGGUAGACUGUAUUUGAUAGUGAUGAUGGGUUUUGUGCAAUAAUUUGUGGAUGAAAGUUCACCGAUUUUUUUUCUUUCCUUAAUAUAGUUAACAUGUUGGAUAUUUUCACUUGUGAUUAUAUCUUUGUAUGUAAAAUCAAGUUUUAACCUUACUUCGAAGUAAAAUGAAAGUUUUGAA